AAGAGAAAACUACAAAAAAAUUAAAUAAAUAUUCGUCAUCUGUUUUGGAACAAAACAAAAAAAGUUUACAAUUUCUUCGCCAAAUAAUUGCGAUAAAUACAUGUAAACAAUUACAAAAAUUAACACAAUGAAAUCUGGUUCAUUUCGUAAUACACAAUGGGAUCCCAUACUUUUAAUUUCACAAAUAAUCUCAGUACAAUUUUGUGUUUAUUUCACACUGGGACUACUAGUGGGUCUGGCUAAUCUAGUGGCAGGAGAUAAUUAUCGUUUGGACAAUAUAUUUGAGUAUCAUGAAAUACAUGUUUCCGAUUUGGGCGGUAGACUGUUAAUUUGUGCUUUUGUUACCAACUCCUUUUUGGCCUCUUUGGCUUUGUGGUGUAUAGUGAGAAGAGCUAAAUUGUGUUUAGAUUUUAGUUGCACUUUUCAUAUUUUCCAUUUACUAAUUUGCUGGUGGUACAACAAUGCCUUUCCCUCGAACAUAUCCUGGUGGUUGCUUAAUUGUAUUACCGCCACCAUUAUGUGUAUAGGUGGUGAAUUUUUAUGUUUAAAAUCCGAAUUAAAAGAAAUUCCUGUAGGUUAUUCCGCUUUAAAUCAAAAAUCUGAUGUAUGAUAUGAAAACCCACUCACGAUAGGUGUAAAAACUGGCAAACAGUAAAAACUAUACGAGACGCUUAACAUUUAACAUUAGCAGCUUAAAAAGGUCAGAAAUAGCAGACUGCCACAGAAGUGCUUAAUGUGUAGAUUUGCUAAAACGUUUUUAUGAAAAUGUUAUAUCUGCCAUUCAAGUAAAACGCAGUCGGUAUAAUAUUUCUGUCUAAAAGGCAAGAGCUAUAUUUUGUUAAUAAGUUGUAUUUACUUUAUAGGUCUGUAGAUGUAAUUAAUCUUAAUAAACAUAAUUUAAGCACUUAAUUUAAAUGUUUAAGUAAUAUACAAAAAUAUAAUAAAUUAGUAACUAAUAAAUGGACAAUUGAUCCAAAAACCCGAA